AUGGGAUACUAUGAUAUAGAUGAUAUACUGGCUGAUGGUACUAGAUUUCCCUGUAGAUUCAACUAUGACGUUCCUGGGUUGGGUUAUCUGGAGGGAAACCCAGGCAGACCAAUAUCGAAAAAUGCAAAACUAGAGUUACCACUUUGGAUGGUCCAUCUUCUUGCUGUAGUGGGUGCGCAAUCUAAUGAAGAUUCUAGAGUUGAAGAACCUCUUCCUUUUGUCGAAUUGCUCCCGCCUGAUUUAUUCGCUCCAAGAGUACUAAACGCUAUUAAAUCUGGUGCUACUAGUCUCGAUCUUCACUCAAUUAGCCCUCAUUUCUACACCCUGGCUGAGAAGUGGGCCACACUGUUCUCGGAUAAAGAACUAUCACAAGUCUUGAAAGAUAUGCUACUAGAAAGAGGUCAAGAGAUCAAUAACCACGCCAUCAGUGUUAGUAUGUUCUCAAACUGUAACCAAACUAAUGAUUCUGCUGUUUUCUUACAGACUUUGGACGAAUUUGAAAAGACAAUUUAUAGAGAUACAAAUGUCAACUGUAAAGAGAUGAAAAAAUGGUUGGUUUUGAAGUAA